UCGGGUUACUAUACCAGUGAAGAGGAUUCUUCUUGACAGUAAAGCAGCCACACUUUUAGACAAUUAUUUACGCCUUCAUAGAGUUAUUAAAAUUGUUGUAGCGCAGGUGAAAAGUCACGGUAGCGACAAGACUGUGUACUUCUACGAAGCGAGUGCCAACCAAUAGUGAGAGAAGAAGAGAGGGCGUAGACAUGUAGCGUUAACUGCGUGGUCAGGUCAACUGACAGUUCCGAAAGUCCACCUUUACAGGCUUUAAACUCUAAAAAACUUCAGCUGGGUUUAUCUGCAUCAAAAAAUAGCGGCGCUGAAUCCAGGUGGAUUCGAGGUUUUAACAAUGGAGAAUGAAGAGGAAAUGAAAACUGAAGAGAAAAAAUCUGAGCCAGUUCACCAAACACAGCAGCUGUGCCGCUUCUUCUCCCAAGGGCGACACUGUAAUUUUGGAAAGAGAUGUAGAUUUCUGCAUGUAAGAGAAGAUGGCGAAGAUCAUGAGAGGAAAACUGCUGAGUCACCCAGCCAGCCUGAUGUUACUCCCACUGGCUCUCAGGACUCUGGCCAACAUAAGGGAGACAAGUCGCUUACACACAACCCAACGUUUGCCCCAGCCUCUGCCCGCCGCCCCUGUCGCUACUUUCACUUGGGGCAUUGCACCAUGGAGGACAGAUGUCGCUUCUGGCACCCACCACCGUUCCCUCCGGUGGAUGACUCAUCUGUUACUGUUAUUCAGAGUAAAGCCAUGCCACGCCAUCUUCCAGUGUCCCGUCCCGGCGGCCUGCAGGAGGUGAAGCUGUGCGACAUGACUGAGGACAAGGCCAAGGAGAUGCGAGACACCGAGAUCAAGCAGCUGAAAAAGCGUUUCCCUAAAGAUCAGCUGAUUAUUCAGGAGAGCGGCGACGGCAAACUGACUUAUUACAGGGUGACGGUAGAGGCCACGGAUCCAGACUGGCCUUUUGAUCUGAAAGAAGUUGAUAUAAUGGUUAGCUUCCCAGACAACUACCCCCUGGAGAUUUUCACAUUAGAUAUACCGCUGGACCAGGACUUACCACCAGUCAUGGCAAAGCAUGUGCAACAAGCCUCUUUGGAGUGGCUUCAGGCUAAACAUGCUACCAACCAGCUGCUGGGAAAGGUGGAGAUGUUGUUCCGGCCUUUUCGCCGCUGGCUGGAUCGGAGCUUGGAGAGACUGUUCACCGAAGGAGCCAGACAGCUUAAGAAAGACAUUGAUUUAGAAAAAGCCGGCCUGCAGUUUAUACCAUACCAGGAACUCAAGGUUUCUGUGACUGAAACCUCUGACCCUGCUUCUGGUUCUGCUGCUGAUGAGGAUACCUGUAACACGGCUGACAAGACACAAUAUGAGGACUCGGAGGAAGAAGAGCCUACACAGUGUGAUGAAGGUCAGCUGCAGGAGGAAGAUGGGAGCCAUCUGGUGGAGAACAUUAAAAUCAACGAUCCCCGCAGAGGUACAGAGAUCAAGCUGAUCGGCCUCAGGCUGGGGGAAAACACUGCCACCGUUAUUGCCCAGCAGAUUACUGUUUGCCUGCAGUGUAACAGGUGUAAGGUGACUGCAGAUCUGACUCUCAGUGGAAGGACAACCUGCUCAGCUCAAUGUGAGAAGUGUAAUGCGGACAUAAACGCUGCAUUCAGGCCCUGCAUGAUCCACCAUUACAGCGACGUCCUGGGAUACUUAGACCUUCAAAAUGCCAUAGCCUCUGACCUCGUACUUCAGGACUGCGACCUGACUUUGGGAUGCCUUAGCUGCUCUCAGGAGGUCCCUGUGGAGAAAGUUUUCUAUGGACAAACAAAGGAGUUUAACUGUGAGAACUGCCACAGCAAACUCAGCAUCAUGGCUGAGAGCACAAGGUUCCAGUACAUUCAGCCUCGAUCCUCCAACAAAACAGAUUCCAGUGCUGUCAGCUACAAAACAAUAAGAGAUCCAGCUGUGCAGAAAGGGAAGCCGCUGCCGGAUAAAGGAACAUGCAAACAUUACAAACAGAGCCAUCGUUGGCUCAGGUUUCCCUGCUGUGGUCGGGCAUAUGCCUGUGAUGUGUGCCACGAUGAGAACCAGGACCACCCCAUGGAACUCGCCACCAGGAUGAUCUGUGGAUUUUGCGCCAAAGAACAGCCCUACGCUAACGGAAAGCCUUGCGUCAGCUGUGGGAGCAUGAUGACGAGAGGCAUGCGCACCAGCCACUGGGAGGGAGGGCUGGGAUGUAGAAAUAAAGUCAAAAUGAGCAGAAAUGAUCGACAGAAAUACACCAACACCAACAAAACGGUUUCAAGGAAGGCAGCCAGUGACAAGAAGUGAUUCCUGUUGUUCUUGUGAUUCAUGAAGCACAACGGUUUAAUUAUACUGCUCUCGUCUCACAAUAAAUCACGGUCUAUAGAUUAUUCAGCAUGAUGACGUGAUGGUCUGAUUUUUUUUUUUAUCUCUUUUGAAAUUUCAUCCAAAGAAAAACCCUAAAUCUGGAUCAGUGAUGGCCCCACAUCUCUAAGGCGUAGGUUACCACCCAGGGAUCCACUCUUAUGUCUAUCAAUACUAAGCUGUUGUAAAAUAAAGCCGAUUUUAACCCCUAAAA